AUGUCGGUGAACAUGGAGGAGCUGCGGCACCAAGUCAUGAUCAACCAGUUCGUGCUGGCCGCGGGCUGCGCGGCGGACCAGGCGAAGCAGCUGCUGCAGGCGGCCCACUGGCAGUUCGAGACCGCCUUGAGCACGUUUUUCCAAGAAACCAACAUUCCCAACAGUCACCACCACCACCAGAUGAUGUGCACUCCCAGCAACACACCUGCCACGCCACCUAACUUCCCCGAUGCCCUGGCCAUGUUCUCCAAGCUGCGCACGUCGGACAGCCUGCAGAGCGCCAACAGCCCCAUGGCGGCCGUGGCCUGCUCGCCCCCUGCAAACUUCAGCCCCUUCUGGGCUUCGUCACCCCCCAGCCACCAGGCGGCCUGGAUCCCGCCCUCCUCCCCCACGGCCCACAGCUUCCACCACCUCCACCACCCACAGCCCACGUGGCCCCCCGGAGCACAGCAGGGGGGGGCCCCGCAGAAAGCCAUGGCGGCAAUGGACGGCCAGAGAUGAGACUGGAGGCCACCGCCAGGCGGGCGCUGGGGGUGCCCAGGGCGGGGGGCACUGAGGAGGGAGCCGGGAGGGGGGAGCCGGGGCGGGCGGGGGGUUUCCUGAAGAUCGCACUGGAAGAUUUUAUAGAAGAAUUUUUGUGGGGGUGGGGGGACAGUAAACUUCCUGAGCCUCGUGGGUCCUUGAGGACUUUCUCUUCGGGCAAGGUUUUUUCUCUUUUUAAUAUGUGUAAUAUAUAUAAAUAUAUGGAUGUAACUAA